AACCACAGUUAUAAAUAAAAUAUUGACAAUAGGUAUAUGUUGCGUGUAACAAGGAGUGUUAAAAUGAUUUCCCACAACCCUCAUUAAUAGUUUUUAAAAACCCAUUAAAAGGCACCCUGUGACCUUCAACCUAUAUCACCAAGUAGCAGAGGUACUACAAUGCAGUAAUAGAAGUUGAUUUCUCGUAACAGGAAAAAUGAGAAACUUUCACUAAAGGCCCAUCACGUGAUUUAACGACCUUGUUUUGUCUGCGUUGUCGACGUUUCAGUUUGACGUCGGCAGUGCGCGAAGAGGUAACUCAGUGAGUCAUAGAAAUACGUACAGGAAUUUCGCGUUAUUCACAUUACGAAGCCAAACAAACCACUACAACUGAUUAUAAAAGAUCACCAUGAGUUACCCGGGUUAUCCACCAUAUCAGCAGGGUUCGAAUGCUCCAUAUCCGCAACAACCAAACACGGGCGCUCCCUACCCCCCACAGGGGGGUGUUUUUCCCCCCAGUGUGGGCUACAACUACGGAUCCCCAAUGUACAUGCCUCAGCCAUACGGAGGUGCGGGGUAUCCUCCCCCGUCCGGUGGAGCGGGAUAUCCCGCUCCCUCCGGUGGGACACCUUACCCUUCCGGAGCUCCUCCAUCAAGUGGAGCACCUUACCCCUCCGGGGCUUCUGCCUACCCCCAAACACAACAGUAUCCUUCUCACGGAAGCUCCCCGUACCCCAGCCAAGGAAGCUCUCCUUACCCCACCCAAGGAAGCUCUCCUUACCCCACCCAAGGAAGCUCUCCUUAUCCCAGCCAAGGCAGAUCUCCCUAUCCCAGUCACGGAAGUACCGCUUAUCCCGGUAAUCAAGGACCGCACAGCGCCGGGCAUGUAACCCCCAACUAUUCACAAUCCCCUAGUCAUGGCCAACACACACGGAAGACAUCACCAACUGUGGUAUCCGCAAAUCCCUUCAAUCCCCGUGAAGACGCGGAAGUACUCAGAAAAGCCAUGAAAGGUUUCGGAACCGACGAGAAGGCCAUCAUCAAUGUGCUCGCCAGACGUACCAACAUGCAACGCCUGGAAAUCGCGGUACAAUUCAAAACUCUCUACGGCAAGGACCUUAUUAGCGACCUAAAGAGCGAACUAACCGGAAACUUCGAAAAUUUGGUUGUUGCCAUGAUGACACCUCUGCCCCAAUUCUACGCCAAAGAACUCCACGAUGCCAUCAGUGGCUUAGGCACUGACGAAACCGUUCUCAUUGACGUUCUAUGCACUCUCAGCAAUGCCGAAAUUCGGUGCAUCACCGCAGCGUACCACAAAACCUACUACCAAAACCUGGAAAGCGAUCUGAAAGGCGACACCGGAGGCCACUUCAAACGCCUGAUGGUGUCCCUCUGCAGCGCUGGACGUGACGAAUCCAUGAUGACCAAUCCGCAAACGGCAGCUGCUGACGCGCAAGCACUUCUUCGUGCUGGUGAACUACGUUUCGGAACGGACGAAUCCACCUUCAAUAUGAUUCUUUGUCAGAGGAAUCAUGCACAGCUGCGGUUGGUGUUCAGCGAGUACCAACGCCUAACGGGGCAUGAUAUUGAGAAGGCGAUCAAAAAUGAGUUUUCUGGUGAUAUUGAAGAUGGUUUUCUGGCGGUGGUGCGUUCCAUUAAGAAUCAAGCAGCAUACUUCGCGAAAGCUUUGAACAAGAGCAUGAAAGGUUUGGGGACCAAUGAUCGCGAUUUGAUUAGGUUGGUUGUGACAAGAUCUGAGAUUGAUAUGGGUGAGAUCAAGAGGGAGUAUGCUGCAAAAUAUGGGGAAUCGUUAGCCGAUGCAAUUAAGGGCGACUGUUCGGGAGACUACAAGAAGUGUCUGUUAGCGUUGAUUGGUGAAUCAUAAUGGGGUUUAUGUAGGAACUGAUUAUUUUCAUUAUUAGAAUUUUAACAGUAUGUGCUACAUGUUGUAUUCUCUGCUCUUUUUAUAUGUCUUUUUACGAUUAUAAUAUUUGCCUUUAGAAGUGUUUACUCUUUACAUAUAAAUGUAUUUUUUAUAACUUGAACAAAUGUGGCCAAGUUAACGACGAAGCCUUAUGUAAUGUCAAAUGAAUAUGUAUUUACACGACCAUUUCCAGUACAAACGUUAAAUGCUCUGUAAUUAUAUUAAAUAAAAACAUACAACCAUUGCAA